AUGACCAAUCCACGCCCUGGCUCUCGCGACGUAGAGUCACCUUCUCUGGGCCCGAAGGUGGCUAAAGAGGAUGUGACGCAGGUUGAGACUCUGGACGAAAAGGCCACUGAGCACUCACCUGUCAUCUCCGACUUCGCAACUUGGGAUCGAGCAAGAUGCAUGAAAACCUUCUGGCGACUCUACUUGACAGGAGUUUGUGUAUCUCUUUGCGGAAUGUACGCGGGUUAUGCAAACUCUGUCAUCGGUAGCAUUGUGGCCAACAAAGGCUUCAUCGAACAAUUCGCAACAGCCAAAGAUCCCGUGACUGGGCAGAAAGCUCUCGAGCCUAACCACAUCUCGCUCUGGGCUGCUGGAUAUUUCAUUACAACUAUCGCAAUUCAAGUAGUUGCCCCGAAUACCGCUGACCGGUUUGGUCGUAAAUUCAACAUGUGGGCCGUCACGUUCUUCCUCACAACUUCGAUCAUCAUUCAAGUCUUCGCUCCAAACUGGUGGGUGUUGUUGAUUGCACGCCUGGUCGCCGGAUGCGCUGGUGGCAUGAUGGGAACUUCAGUCAUGGUGUACCUGUCCGAGGUCGCAAUGCCCCAAUUCCGUGGCGCUCUGCUCGGCAGUUUCUCGCUCGCUUUCGCCCUUGGUCAAGUGUUUCUGGCCAUCGCCCUGAAGAUUCUCGAGGUCACCUCGCCUUUGGCUUUCCGCAACGCCUUCUACUCCGAAUUCGUCUUCACAGGUCUGUGGCUUAUUCCCAUGCUGUAUCUUCCCGAAUCCCCAGCAUGGUACGCGGCCAAAGGAAGGCACGAAGAAGGUAAAAAGGCCCUUCGAAAGCUCGUCGGAAAUGUCGAAGGGUACAGGCUCGACAACGAGUAUGCCGUCAUCCAGCAAGAGGUAGAGGAGUCACAGGCUCGGGCCAAGGCUCUCGGUACUUCCGACUGGAAAGCUGUUGUCUGCAACAGAAACAAUCUCAAACGCGCAGUCAUUUCCAGCUUGCCCUUUACUUUCCAGAACAUCGUUGGUGUCCCGUUGAUGUUUGGCUAUACCACAUACUUCUUCCAGCUGGCAGGUGUCUCCGACCCUUUUCUGGGCAACAUGGUUAAGCAGAUGGUUCUCGUCGUGGGCAUCAUUAUAGGAUUCUACACCAUUGACAAGGUCGGCCGAAGGACGCUUGUUAUCGGCGGCGGCGCUAUGAUGGCCGUUCUCAGCGCAAUCGUUGGUGGACUUGGGUUUAUUAAACAGAACUCAGCGUCUGGUGCGGCCCUCGUUGCGCUUUGCUCAAUCUGGGCCUUCGUGUACGCAAACUCACUUGCGCCAAUUGGUUGGAUCAGUCUCGUCGAAAUCUCAAGCCCCCAGCUCCGGGCUAAGACAACAUCCCUUGCUGUUACAAUUCAAUAUCUCACUGGAAUCGUCUUUAAUUACUGCGUACCACUGAUGUUGUCCAAUCAAUAUGCUGGCUGGGGCCAGAAGACUGGCUUGUUUUUCGCCGGUCUUACUGUGAUCUAUCUGAUUCCCGUUAUAUUCUGGUUCCCAGAGACCAAGGGCCGUACUUACGCCGAGUUGGAUGAGCUAUUUGAGAGGCGUGUUCCUGCCUGGAGAUUCGCCUCGACAAAGACUGCUCACCAGGCAGAAGUUGAAGCUAAAGCCCAAGAGGAGAAGUAA